AUGUCAGGCGACUUGAUAAUACCGGGAGACUUUCUUCCCAUUGAUACCGAUUCUUCUAUCAAGACCACUAUUGGACCAGGAAUCUACAAGAAUCCUCAAACGCAGAGCAUAUUGCCUACCAAUGCUGGACUCAUAAACAUUCAAAAAAGCAAGGCAGGAACGAAUCAGCUUGUCUACAUCGAGUCAAACUCUAAGAGAUACACCCCCCAAACAAAUGACUUUGUUAUUGGCAUUGUGACUGGAGUCAUAGGAGAAUCAUACAAAGUUCAGUUGCAAGACUUUUCUCCUGCGGUUCUACUCUCAAUGAUGGCUUUCCCAAAUGCAACGAAAAAGAACAGACCCAACCUCAAGAUUGGUCAGGCAGUAUAUGCCCGAGUCUCUGAGGCCAUUCCUGAAAUAGAAACCGAAUUAGAGUGUAUUGAUCCAACUACCGGUAAAGAAGGUGGAUUUGGGUUGCUUGAUGAAUCUGGAUACAUUUUCGAAGUAAAUUUGAAUUUUGCUCGUGAACUUUUGUUCAAUGCCAACAGUAUUUUCUUGGAGAAAUUGGCGUCCAAGUGCAAAUUUGAAAUUGCCGUUGGAAUCAACGGUAAGGUCUGGAUCAAGUGUGGUGAAGGUAUCAAGAUCGAGAAAGACAGAGUCGUACCUGAAGAAGGAAAGCCUGUAAGAGACAAUACCAGAGACUUGAAGAGCACUUUGGCAGCCGCAGGCUUUUUGGUGAAGUGCCAGAAGUUGAGAGUAGAUCAGAUCGAUGCCGAAUUACAGAAACAGUUCAAGAACAUAUAG